AAUAUUACUAAAACUGUUUUGUUGUGUCAAAUCCCUUUUCUCUAUCGCGUUGAAUACCAAAAAGACCCCAACUCAGCUGCCUGCGCCAUUGUUAACUUUUUAGGGUUUGAGGUUUGUUACUCACAUAAUAUUAUUGUUAUCGCAUUCUUCAACUUCGCCUUCGUAAUUCGCCAUCGCACCAGAUUAGCGACCCAAAACAAAGCUCUAACUCUCACCACCGCCCAUAUUCAAAUUGGAAUGUCAUGGUGGUGACGCUUCGAUUUUGUGUUUUUUGCUGAGAAUUAUAAUACAUUGUUUCAUUUUCUGAAAGCGUGGGCGGAAAUAAAUAUAUUUGAUUACCCCACAAUGGAGAUUCAGACUUGUGGCAAAUCGAUUGAUUCUUUGCUAGAAAAAGUGCUUUGUAUGAACAUUCUUUCUUCUGAUUACUUCAAAGAGCUAUACCGAUUAAAGACAUACCAUGAGGUGAUAGAUGAAAUUUACAAUCAAGUUGAUCACGUGGAGCCUUGGAUGACGGGAAACUGUCGUGGUCCUUCAACAGCUUUCUGUCUUCUUUACAAGUUUUUUACUAUGAAACUCACCGUCAAACAAAUGCACGGCCUCUUAAAGCACACGGAUUCUCCUUACAUUAGAUGCAUUGGAUUCCUCUACUUGAGAUAUGCUGCAGAUCCAAAGACUUUGUGGAAUUGGUUUGAACCAUAUGUUAAAGACGAAGAGGUACUGAAAGAUAUGAUGAUAACACUUGAAACUGCAGAUUUGGAGACACGAAACUUGAUACAGAUAUCUUCUUCUAGCUUUAGUUCAUGGGAAACAACUAUAUUGUAAUGAAUUUGAGAAGAAAAGGAAAAAAAAAAAAAAAAAUAUAUAUAUAUAUAUAUAUAUAGUUAAAGCAUGAUAAGUGGGGCAAGGGUGUCGAGCCCCAAUGGCAAGGUUUCAAUGCCAAGGAAGCUAGUAUUAUUAGUUACCUUUAGCACAAAUGCUUAGCUUGAGACAUUUUGUUAGCAUCAUAACUAUAAAUGCUUUUGUUUAAUGGGUGGAGGAAUUGGUGUGAUAAGCAUAGGAGUCUUAUACUCUUAUUUGGAUUGCAGUCUUCCUUUGCUUAAUGUGAAUAUUAUGGAGAGAAUGAAAUAAUUGUACUUUUAGUCACGUGAAGCUCUCUAUCAUUGAGCUGAAAUCAAUGUUUGUAAGGUCGUUGUUUGAGUGGUCCUGUAGGUUUGGUCACAUUGAUGCAUGUUCUGUUGUAGGGUUCAUUGAUUUUUUCUCUUUUCAAAUAUAAUUACUGAAUAAUUGUAAUUUUUUAGGUGAGUCAUUUGUACAUGAGGUUCUCUUCAUUUCAAUAAAAAUUUUUAAUUUUUUUUAAAAUCUAACCUUUCAUCCAUGUCUUAGUUUUGCAUAUGACUAUGUUAAAGUGUCCAUCUUGGUUACCUUGUUGUAUAGGGCAGGUACAUGCGUUAAAUGCAAUGUGGUUAAUUUUUAGAUUAGUCUCAUUUCCAAAUUCAGGAAUAAAGGCAUUUAUCCAUAUUAUCGAUAUGGUUAGAUUUUCUGCUAUGUAUGUUCCUGGCUAGAAUGAAGCUAUGUAUUCUAAUGCACCUAGUGUUGAAGGAGAUUAAGAAGUUUUAGAACUUGGAUUUUUAAGAUUCAUUUCAUGUUCAAUUUUCUAUGCUCUCUCUCUCUCGGGACUGUCAUAGAUUCUCCUGUCUUGUAUGGUUGAGUGGCAUUCCCUUGACAUCUUGUAUAUUAAUCUCUUUUGCUUAUAUAUUAAUGAAAACUUUUGGAACUACUUAUGUGCUUAUGUAGUAUUGCCCAGUGUUGUGAAAGGGGCACUUGAAGCAAGAAGCACCAGAAGAAAAACACUUCUUACCCCUAAAGAAAAAUGCUUAUUUAGUAUUGCCCAGUGUUGUGAAAGGUGCAGUAAAAGCAAGCACCACCAGAAGAAAAACAUGUCUUACCCUAAAAGCAAAGUGCAUGUAAAUAAGCAUAUAAAGCAAAAAAAUAAGCACUCUUUUGCAAAGUGCUAAAUGCUAAAAAGCUUGCCUUUUGAUUUUCUAUUAGAAAAUCACUUCAAUGAAAAAUAACCAUUGGAUCUGAAACUAAUUGAAAUUUAUAGCUGAUUAGCUAUAUCAACUCUAUCUUAUGGUCUACUACACUACAAGCAUGUUUUCCCAUACAUAUUAAAUCUGUGAUAAAGUCUCCAAAGUCCAAGAAACAAAUAGCAACGUGAUGCUUAAAAGUUAAAACAAAAACUAUAUGAAACCAAAAGGGACAUACUGUUAAAUGAAAACAACAUGCCAUUCAAAAGAGAGCAUUGGUUUUUUUAUUCUUAUUUUAGCCAGAAACAUGCUAUUGAUUCAUUUUUUAACUGUUCAGUAGUUCAGCAGCUACUGAAUAUUGUACUAAGCUACUAAAUAUUGCACUUAUGUGUAACAGUUGAAUUCUAAGUUAGGUAUGUGCUUCCACUUCACGCUUUGUGCUGAGGCUCUUGAAAGCCUUUUUAGCUCAAGUUGCUUAGUGCUUUUAACACUUUCUUUUCCCCUACUGGUAAGUUACAUCUGCACCUGGAAGGUCUUGAAACCACAAUCACCCUCCACCUCGCUCUUACAAACAGAGUUGUGACUUGAGUUACAGCUCAUUGGGAAAAUUUUUGGUAGAAGUAGGCCUAGCCCUUUUAACAUUGGUCCCAUCAAUGAAGAAAUCUAAGCAAUACAACACUUCAUAUGCCCAUAGUGUCAUCUGUUUUGUCAGAGAAUGGUUGCAGAUUGUGUUUGUGUAUUUUUUUUUGUUUUUGAUAGGUUCUUUUUAUGUUAUAGUAACAGGGUUUGUCACGUAAUGAAGUUGCCAGGGCAGAAACCUUUU